CUGUGUGCUUCGUUGUUAUUAUUAUUAUUAUUAUUAUUAUUAUUAUUAUUGUUCCAUUCGUAACGAGGACCGCAUUCGGCUUGUGCGUACGUGCAGGUUGUCCGUGUUGUUCUCGCUCCUCGGUUCGCGUCCGUGAUCGUGUCGCGUGCGCGUGUUUCAGUACGUGCGCGCAGCGUUCCCGUGUGUGUCGCUGGUGAGUUUGUGUGUGUGUGCCCGAGCGCGCGCUUGUGUCUCAGUUUUCUGCGCGCAUCGAUGUUUUCUCCUUCGACUGGUCUAAAACCGAAGAUUUUCUCAGCCACAGCCGCAGUCAAGUCACCAUCGUUCCGGUAAGUCCGUACGUCCCGGCGGGCAUUCUCGCCGCGUAUCCCUUUCGGGGGGUUUUUUUUUCCAGACGGUUCUCGGACCGCCGCCGCCGAUUUCGACGCGACCUAUUUGCCGCCACCGGUCCAAGUACCGCGCCGUAGGUACACUGACUCAUUACGAACCCAAAUGAGAACCCGUUCGAAACGUCCUCGCUUAAACCGCUUAAACCUACUAGCGGAGACGACCGGUGGUGUAAAGAAAACAAACAAACACGUCUGCCUAAACACCUCUACCGUCGGAUAAUGUGAAAUUUCCGUUUCCAAAAUUAUCCGUCGUCUAGGUGUACUGGUAAAACGCCUAAUGACCGUUUUUUGUUUGAUUGUAUUGCAGAUAGAUAAAAUAUUAAAAUGACCGCGUGAUGGGACGUAAUCGCAAGAAACGGACAAACCACAGCGUUGUCAGUACUGAUGUUCCAAUGUCGAAGCGCAGUGACUAUGUCGACCUGUGUCGUAACAUCAUUCGCGAUAUGGACCUGUACGGAGUUUGUGUAUUGGACAAUUUCCUUGGUUAUGAACGUGGAAUGUCUGUUCUCAACGAGGUGAUGAAUCUUUACAGUAUGGGUGUGUUCAAAGACGGUGAAUUGGUCCGAAACAAGGCCAGCAAUAACCUGAAAACAAUUCGAGGCGAUGAGAUCAUCUGGGUGGACGGUCGAGAGAAUAGUUGCAAACACAUCGGACAGCUUAUUAGUGAUGUCGACUCUGUAGUCAUGGGAUCAAAUCAGAUGAACGAUAAUGGAAAGUUGGGAAAUUACACCAUUAACGGUAGGACCAAAGUAAGUUACUGACAGGUUUUUCCUUUUAUUCGCCUAUCUAGGGCACAACCACAAAUGUUCAAUCAUUUUUUGUAGUCCAAAUCUUGAAAUAAAUAUUGUUGACAAACGUGUAAGAUUUAAAUGACAUAACUUUAGGAAACUCAACUAUUUAAAACCGUGCUUGAUAAAUAGAGAAUUUUAAAAUAUUACUUUUCAGUUUGUUAACAAUUUUUUUUUGUUCAUACAAAACUAAACGUACAAUAUUAUUUUUGUAAAUAUGAUAAACAUUUUAAUCAAAACUAAAUUACCUAAUAAAUGGGGUAGUUAAAUAAGAGUUAAAUAGAGUUCAUUUCCAUUUAAUAUUUUGCUUUGAAUUGGAAAUUUUUUAAUUUUUUAUCAUAUUUGUUUGUUGUUUAAUAUUUAAAUUUAAUUUCAUAUUUUAAAUAUGUUUUUAUAAUAAUAAUAAAAAAAAAACGAAGUUAACAAAUUAAAUAAGAGUAAAAUGUGUAAACGUAAUUUAUGUUCUGUUCUGUUUAUAAAAAAGUAUAAUAAAUAACUUAUGCACAUUUUUUAUAAGUUAUUGCUUUAAAGAAUUUCUUUGUAGGAAUGGUAAAAAUUAAUUAAAAUAUUGAUUACAAAAAAAAAUCCCACGUAACACUAUACGCUAAAAUAAAUUUAUCGUUAUUCAAUGUUAGUAAUAAAAGUUUCAUAAGUUCUUUUUUAUCUAAUUAAUUAACAUUAUUUAUAUCAUGUAUGAUUCAUGAACAAUUAUAUACAUUUAUGUACAUUAAAAUAUAAUAUGGUUAGUUUUUUUAAUAUCUAUUAUAAAAAAUAUAAUUUGAAUAGGUUACUAGUUUACUUUUUGCAUAGGUUAAUAUUAAUUAAUUAUAUUUGUAUUAAUUUUUCAUUAACAUAAUAAAUACAUAAUAAUGUAUUAAUUGUUUUAAUAUUCUAAAAUAUAAUAAUUGUUUUAACAUUAUAUAACAUACCUAACAGAUCAAUCAAAGGAAUUUUUAUUACUAAUAGUUUUUACAUCACUGCAGUACAGCAUAUAAGGCAGCCUUAACCACAAUUUCUAGUUUUUUGUGUAAUAUAUGUUUAAAUGAUUUCUAAUUUAGUUUUGUCUUUAUACUAAAUAUAGCCAACUACAAAUAUUUGUUUGACAUAUACCUUGAGGGAAAUUGUUGACCUCUAAACUGUACAGUAUCAUUACAAGGUCUGAAAUGAAAUUAUCCAAAGAAUAAUGAAUUCAACUCUAAUCAAAUAAUUUGGUUAAAAUUUAAUUAAAAAUUUGUCUGUAUUUCUGCAAGAAAGUAGUUUUGUUAAACAAUAUAAAACAUCAACUAUGUCUGUAUAUUUUGGAAACUGUUUCUAUAUUGUUCUUCUGUAAAAAUACAAUUAUUAUUUUUGGAUUAAAAAAGAAAAAAAGGUUCCGACAUAAUUGUAUAAAUCUCAGCUGAACCCUUUUGAUACAAUUAAAAAAAAAUAUAUGGGAUGAAAAGGUGUAGAUACAUUAUUGAUUGUUAACCCUUUGAAGCCGUUGCAGUAUUAUAGUGGAAUUGCCUAUUUUUUUUUUUUUUAUAUCUAAAAGUGCUAAAUUUUAAUAUUUUUCAAAAAAAAUGUGUUCUUUAAAGGGUUAACAUUUAAAUGUAAUGUGUAUGCAUGUAAAAAAUAUAUUUUAAAAAUAAAGUUAAAACUCAAGUAUUAUUAAAUAAAUUUUAAAUCAACGGAAAAAAUUUUGUUACUAUUUUAUCAUAUUAUUAAUGAAACAUUUAUGUGAAUCAUAUAUUAUUAGUAAUUUUCAUUUUUUUUUUUAUUAUUAGGCUAUGGUUGCUUGUUAUCCUGGUCACGGAUCUCAUUAUGUCAAGCAUGUUGACAAUCCAAACAAAGAUGGCCGAUGUAUAACUGCUAUAUAUUAUUUAAAUAAAGACUGGGAUAUUAAAGUAAGUGUACUCAAGUAAAAUAUUGGUAAAUGUCCAAGAUUUAUAUUUAGUUGCUUUUAUGAUAUCUUUUUGUUUUACAAAGGUUAGUUAUGUUCAUAUGGUUUUAUUUUUAUUGAUAGUCUCAUUUUAUUCAUAAUAUUAAACAUGCAACUGAAUUACUCCAAGUAAAAAGUAAAUAAACAAGUUUAUACACUUCCUGUUAUGUUUAUAAAAUUUAAACACGUUUUACUAAUGUGUUCGUUUAUAACAAUUUCUUAUAGUUUUAUAAUUUUUCUUUUUAUUAUUAAACUAUGGCUAUUUACAUAUAAUAUAACAUUGAUAAAAAUUUAAAAUUUCCAUUAGUACAAAAAAAAAAAAAACUGUUCAAGGAAGUCAUAAUAUUUAUUCUUCUUGUCGUUAGAUAAAAUUGGUUAGUGACAUUGAUUUUUUUUUUUAAAAUGUUUAUUUCUUAUUAUCUAUGAUUAUUUUAUAUUAAUGAUUAAAUUGAAAUAAUACAUAUUAUAGGAAAACGGAGGUUUAUUAAGAAUAUUUCCUGAAGGUUGGAGUGAUCAAGUAGCAGAUAUCGAACCAUUAUUUGAUAGAAUAUUAUUUUUUUGGUCCGAUCGAAGAAAUCCCCACGAAGUUCAGCCAGCAUUUAAAACAAGGUUAGAUUUGUUUGUUUUACCAAAUAUUAAAUCUCGUUAAUAAAAUUGUGUGUGUGUUAAUUUAUUUUAGAUAUGCAAUAACUCUGUGGUAUUUUGAUGGCAAUGAGAAAGAAGAAGCAGGGAAAAAAUUUCACGUUGCAAGUCAGUCUAAUAUCUGUUGUUUCGAAAAUGUUUGUUAUUUAUAAAUCAUAGAAGAAGUUUAUUUGAGUUUUAAUAUAUUUGUUUGUUUUUGUAUUUCCAGGCGACUUAAAUAGUAUGCUCCAUAGUCCCGAAAAUAUCAGUAGUAUCCCAUCUGUGGAUAAUCUGAAUCUGGGCUUUUGAAUCUGUGUAUCGAUUUUGUUUAAGGAACCUCGAGUUUACUCUUUCUCUAGACAAAGAUCUAUUGUGCUGAAGUUGAUUCACUAAUGGAAAUAAUGUUUUUUUUUUUUUUUAUCUGUGGUUUUGCGAACUGACCUAGGUGUAAUUGAUUCUGUUAUUAUUGAAUUAAUUAUUUUGUUGAUUCGUAACGAGUGGCUCAAUCUAUAUUUUAAUCAGGCAGUUCAUGUAUGUAUGUAUAUAUAUAUACAUAUGUGAAAAAUUACAGUAUUUUUUUUAUACAAAAAAAAUAUAUGAAAAAGUUUGUAUAUUUAUAAAUACAUACAUACUUGUAUUUGAAUAUAAUAACAAUUUUGUAAAUUUGUUUUUGUUUAUUAAUUAACUAUCAUUACAGUUAUGGAGUCUUUGAAAGCAACACAAUAAUUUAUUGUUAAUUAGUGCAAAUACUUUGUUACCAUUAUGUUGUAAAAUUCAAAUACUCACGCAAAUUUGAAUUAAGUGUAAUACAAUAUAAUAUUUUAACUCCUCAUUUGUUGAUGGAUUGUGUAUGACUAUUAUAAAUAAGUAUAAUUAUAAUAUUAUCUCAUGUAAUUUGAGCGGAAGUGAAUACUGAAUAUGUUCCGCUGACACUACUAAUUUUUAGUGUUAUAUUUGUGUGUAAAAAUAUUUAUUAGUAAAUCUACUUCUCCAUUGAUUUUUGUGAUAUAGUCUAUUUUGUGAUAACAUUCUUUUCAUUAAAAAAAUGAAAAACUACUGUUCACAAUAUUCAUGUUUUAUUAUCUCGUGAAAAAAAAAAAUAAAAACAAAAUAACAAACUUAACUAUGUUCCAGUCUUUUACUUAUUAAAUUUAACAAUUUUUUUUUUUUUUAUUAUUAUAAUAAAAUACUUAAAUAAUUUAAAUUAAAGUAGUUUUAUUAAAAUUAUGAGUUCAAACAAAAAUAAUAAAUACAUGUUAUUUCAUUUUACAUUUUUUUUUUUUUUUGUACAUGAAAAUAAAAAUUUUUGUAUUUACAAUUGUACAAAAUGUUUUUGUUCAAAAUUGUCACUAGAGUUAAUAGCGUUGCAUUGAUUAAUUUCAGUCCAGUUCAUUUGGUUUGAAUAUAACCAAGGAUCUGUGGCGUAUUUAACCAUGACGCACCAGCAUAUUAGUCCAAUCAAUGAUAGUGCGAGUAAGCAACUGCGUUUAGGCUCUUGAAAUUGAAACAUUUCUGGAAAGUCUGGAAAACCCAUAUGGUUGCAAAACUGAUGGGCCACUAUUGGUGCGAUUAUAUUACCAGUGUAAAUGAACAAAAAUGCCGAAUAUGCCCCGAAUAUUGUUGUAUACAUAAACUGAAACACUGGUGCAAUAAAUAUUUUUAAAAUAUUUUGUUUU